GUACACCUUCUACCCGGAUCUUGUUUAGGAGAAAUCACGAGAGCUGAACAAAAAUAAACCUGACCUGUUUAGGUUAUGUUUUUCCAGGCUUUAGCCUGCGAUAUUGUUGAGGAGCAGUUUAGUGAGGUGUGCAGUGGUUGAGCUUUCCUGAAGGACAGUUAGACAGGUAGAUACAGGACUGACUGUCCUACUGUCUGUAGUGGACUGUCACAACCCAGUGCGAGCAUCGGAUAAGUUGAAACAAAAAUUGUAUGAGGGCGGUGACAAUAUCCUCAAGGUGUGGCAUACAGAGUGCAAGUGCAGGAGGAAACACUUUGUAUACUUAGCUUUUCCUACUUUUAUUCUGCUGAGUAUCACAUGACUGUGAUGUGACGGAUGCAGUGAAUGCAAAAUGAAGUGAAGAUGCAGAAUUUUCAACGAUCUUAUCACUAUGGAAGCUGGAAUCCCAGACUUGUUCUCACCACUGCAUGUCUGGCAACACUUCUACCAUUAGCCUAUGGUGUCAGACCAGCAUGCGACAUCCCACCUGCAGACUUAAUGGAGCCGACAACAUUAACUUGCUACUUCCCUAAGAAAGUCUUUCACUCCAAGUCUGACUUCAAAGUGUUCCACAUUUCUCGGAAAGCUUCAGUUGUGAAUGCCACGUGGGAAGAUGGUGAGCUGCUAUUCUCUUUGGGGCCUGGUUAUGCGUUAGAUGGACAAAGUCCCACUGACCGGAUCACCUUCAAAAUAGACCACGUGACCCUCAACCAGACAGGUAGAUACGCGUGUGUACCUGCAGGCUACGAGUAUAGAAACGUGGGCACGUGCACACUGUCUCUGAAAUCAGGAAGAUCAAAAACACCCAGAGAAGCAGCCUCUGUGCAAGAUGUUGGUGAAACAGGUCAUAUAACGCUGGGUGUGUUUGUACUGAUGCUGGCAGCAUUCAUCAUACCGUGUGUAAUUCUGGUCAUUGUUACUGUUUACCUGAUCACCUACAUCAAAGAACGCCGAUACAUACAGGACCUAUACAGUGUGGACUGCACAACAGUCGAAGCUCAGGCUGCAAAAGAAUCGUUAGUGAAGACCCAGGACAGUAUGGCUUACUGCUGAUUGUAAGCAAGUCUUUUUUUAGAUAGUAGUUCUUGAAGGAGAUAGUUUUCAUUGAAAUAAAAUCUUGUGCACAUUAUCAUCAAAAAAUACGCUGUAAAAAUGUUAGUAUUGUUUUAAAAAGUAAUGAAAGUUAAUUACAACAAAAAGCUAUAUUUACUUUUUUAUUGUCGUUUAUCCACUGCAAUAAAAUGGAGGAAAUUUUGGUUGUCUGGACUACUGCAUACAUUCUCUAUCUACCUAGCUGUCUGCAUGAGAAAAAGAAAUACCAGUAAUAUAACACUACUUUCUUUUAGUAGUUUUAAAGCUUUUUCUUUAGCUUUUCUUAUCACACCUUCCAUGUAUGUCAGCUAUUGUUGAAAACCUUUAUAUUUAUUAUACCAAUGUGAGGGAUAUUCAUUUUUGGAUUGUCUGCAUUUGUGUGAAUAUUCUAAAAUUAUUUCACUAAUUAGAAAACAAACCUAUCAUAAGAAGACCCACACUUUUCGAUAAAAAAAAUUAAAUAAAGGUAAAUUUUGUGACUCCACAUAUUUUCUUUUCUUUUUUCCAAGAACUGAAGCAGACAUCUUUUCAAAAAUGGAUGUAAGAAGGUUCCAUCUCAAUACAUAAAAAUAACAUGCAAGCGAAAAAGAAUAAAAAAAUUUUUUAAAUCCAGUUUGAAAAUUGACAGAAAUGUGAUCAUGUUUUUAUUACAUACUUUGAAAAAAUAGUUCACUUGUAAUAAAGAGACUAAACUUGUGAACAGGUUAUCCACACAGUAAAUGUCAGCUGAUGAGAAAAAUAACUAAAUGAAUAUGUACAUAUGUUUUGUUUAUGUAUGCAUCUACACAUGCAUAUUGGUAGUUGUAGUUUUGCAUUUUAAUGUUAGUGUGCAUGCAUCUUUAUACCUGUGUUUUUCGCCUCUCCCACUUCUCAUUGAGAAAGAGAGAGGGGAAGAGUUAUGCACUGAGAGGGAGGGAGAGAGAAAAGUAAUGUUACUGUUUUCACUGCCAAAGUAGUUUAACAAAUAAAUUCAGACUCAGAA